AUGACGCUGCACUCCCAGCUCCGGCCACCAGAGGGCGCAGUGCAGUCUGCAGUGGAGGCAGAUCCAUCACGGCUGUUUAUGAGGAGGGGACUGUCCCACAGACUGUCCCACAGACUGUCCCACAGACUGUCCCACCACAGACUGUCCCACUGCAGACUGUCCAACAGACUGUCCCACUGCAGACUGUCCAACAGACUGUCCCACGGCAGACUGUCCAACAGACUGUCCCACUGCAGACUGUCCCACUACAGACUGUCUCACAGACUGACCCACUACAGACUGUCCCACAGACUGUCUCACAGACUGUCCCACUACAGACUGUCCCACUGCAGACUGUCCCACAGACUGUCCCACUACAGACUGUCCCACCACAGACUGUCCCACUACAGACUGUCCCACCACAGACUGUCCCACUGCAGACUGUCCCACUACAGACUGUCCCACUACAGACUGUCCCACUGCAGACUGUCCCACUGUAGACUGUCCAACAGACUGUCCCACCACAGACUGUCCCACUACAGACUGUCCCACUGCAGACUGUCCCACUGCAGACUGUCCCACUGUAGACUGUCCAACAGACUGUCCCACCACAGACUGUCCCACUACAGACUGUCCCACUGCAGACUGUCCCACUGCAGACUGUCCCACUAUUGUCCCACUACAGACUGUCCCACUGCAGACUGUCCCACUGCAGACUGUCCCACUACAGACUGUCCCACUACAGACUGUCCCACAGACUGUCCCACUACAGACUGUCCCACAGACUGUCCCACCACAGACUGUCCCACUACAGACUGUCCCACUGCUGACUGUCCCACAGACUGUCCCACUGCAGACUGUCCCACUGCAGACUGUCCCACUAGACUGUCCAACAGACUGUCCCACACAGACUGUCCCAUCACAGACUGUCCCACUACAGACUGUCCCACUACAGACUGUCCCACUGCAGACUGUCCCACUGCAGACUGUCCCACUACAGACUGUCCCACUACAGACUGUCCCACCACAGACUGUCCCACCACAGACUGUCCCACUACAGACUGUCCCACUACAGACUGUCCCACAGACUGUCCCACCACAGACUGUCCCACUACAGACUGUCCCACCACAGACUGUCCCACUACAGACUGUCCCACUACAGACUGUCCCACAGACUGUCCCACCACAGACUGUCCCACUACAGACUGUCCCACCACAGACUGUCCCACAGACUGUCCCACCACAGACUGUCCCACUACAGACUGUCCCACUGCUGACUGUCCCACAGACUGUCCCACUACACACUGUCCCACAGACUGUCCCACUACAGACUGUCCAACCACAGACUGUCCCACUACAGACUGUCCCACCACAGACUGUCCCACAGACUGUCCCACAGACUGUCCCACUGCAGGUUGUCCCACUGCAGACUGUCCAACAGACUGUCCCACCACAGACUGUCCCACUACAGACUGUCCCACUGCAGACUGUCCAACAGACUGUCCCACUACAGACUGUCCCACCACAGACUGUCCCACCACAGACUGUCCCACUACAGACUGUCCCACUACAGACUGUCCCACCACAGACUGUCCCACUACAGACUGUCCCACACAGACUGUCCACGUCCCACUACAGACUGUCCACAGACUGUCCCACUACAGACUGUCCACCACAGACUGUCCCACUACAGACUGUCCAGAGCCCAGACUGUCCCACGGACUGUCCCACAGACUGUCCCAGUACAGACUGUCCCACUACAGACUGUCCCACUACAGACUGUCCCACAGACUGUCCCACUGCAGACUGUCCCACGGACUGUCCCACAGACUGUCCCACUACAGACUAUCCCACUACAGACUGUCCCACCACAGACUGUCCCACUACAGACUGUCCCACAGACUGUCCCACAGACUGUCCCACUACAGACUGUCCCACAGACUGUCCCACUACAGACUGUCCCACUACAGACUAUCCCACUACAGACUGUCCCACCACAGACUGUCCCACCACAGACUGUCCCACUACAGACUGUCCCACUACAGACUGUCCCACAGACUGUCCCACAGACUGUCCCACUACAGACUGUCCCACCACAGAUUGUCCCACUACAGACUGUCCCACUACAGACUAUCCCACUACAGACUGUCCCACAGACUGUCCCACUACAGACUGUCCCACUACAGACUGUCCUACUACACACUGUCCCACUACAGACUGUCCCACUACAGACUGUCCCACAGACUGUCCCACUACAGACUGUCCCACUACAGACUGUCCCACUGCAGACUGUCCCACAGACUGUCCCACUACAGACUGUCCCACAGACUGUCCCACUGCAGACUGUCCCACUGCAGACUGUCCCACAGACUGUCCCACACAGACUGUCCCACCACAGACUGUCCCACCACAGACUGUCCCACCACAGACUGUCCCACUACAGACUACUGUCCCACUACAGACUGUCCCACAGACUGUCCCACUACAGACUGUCCCACUACAGACUGUCCCACUACAGACUGUCCCACUACAGACUGUCCCACUACAGACUGUCCCACAGACUGUCCCACUACACACUGUCCCACAGACUGUCCCACUACACACUGUCCCACUACAGACUGUCCCACCACAGACUGUCCCACUGCAGACUGUCCCACGGACUGUCCCACAGACUGUCCCACUACAGACUGUCCCACUACAGACUGUCCCACCACAGACUGUCCCACUACAGACUGUCCCACAGACUGUCCCACUACAGACUGUCCCACUACAGACUGUCCCACCACAGACUGUCCCACCACAGACUGUCCCACUACAGACUGUCCCACUGCUGACUGUCCCACAGACUGUCCCACUACACACUGUCCCACUACAGACUGUCCCACUACAGACUGUCCCACUACAGACUGUCCCACAGACUGUCCCACAGACUGUCCCACUACAGACUGUCCCACUACAGACUGUCCCACUACAGACUGUCCCACUACAGACUGUCCCACCACAGACUGUCCCACUACAGACUGUCCCACAGACUGUCCCACAGACUGUCCCACUACAGACUGUCGCACCACAGACUGUCCCACUACAGACUGUCCCACUGCAGACCGUCCAACAGACUGUCCCACUGCAGACUGUCCCACAGACUGUCCCACUACAGACUGUCCCACAGACUCUCCCACUACAGACUGUCCCACUACAGACUGUCCCGCCACAGACUGUCCCACUGCAGACUGUCCCACCACUACAGACUGUCCCACAGACUGUCCAACCACAGACUGUCCCACUACAGACUGUCCCACCACAGACUGUCCCACAGACUGUCCCACUGCAGGCUGUCCCACUGCAGACUGUCCAACAGACUGUCCCACUGCAGACUGUCCCACAGACUGUCCCACUACAGACUGUCCCACAGACUCUCCCACUACAGACUGUCCCACUACAGACUGUCCCGCCACAGACUGUCCCACUGCAGACCGUCCAACAGACUGUCCCACUGCAGACUGUCCCACAGACUGUCCCACUACAGACUGUCCCACAGACUCUCCCACUACAGACUGUCCCACUACAGACUGUCCCGCCACAGACUGUCCCACUGCAGACUGUCCCACUACAGACUGUCCCACAGACUGUCCAACCACAGACUGUCCCACUACAGACUGUCCCACCACAGACUGUCCCACAGACUGUCCCACUGCAGGCUGUCCCACUGCAGACUGUCCAACAGACUGUCCCACCACAGACUGUCCCACAGACUGUCCCACUACAGACUGUCCCACUGCAGACUGUCCAACAGACUGUCCCACUACAGACUGUCCCACUGCAGACUGUCCCACCACAGACUGUCCCACUACAGACUGUCCCACUGCAGACUGUCCAACAGACUGUCCCACUACAGACUGUCCCACUACAGACUGUCCCACCACAGACUGUCCCACUACAGACUGUCCCACCACAGACUGUCCAACAGACUGUCCCACUACAGACUGUCCCACAGACUGUCCCACUGCAGACUGUCCCACGGACUGUCCCACAGACUGUCCCACUACAGACUAUCCCACUACAGACUGUCCCACCACAGACUGUCCCACCACAGACUGUCCCACUACAGACUGUCCCACUGCAGACUGUCCCACUACAGAUUGUCCCACUACAGACUGUCCCACUACAGACUGUCCCACUGCAGACUGUCCCACUGCAGACUGUCCCACUGCAGACUGUCCCACUACAGACUGUCCCACUACAGACUGUCCCACAGACUGUCCCACCACAGACUGUCCCACUACAGACUGUCCCACUGCUGACUGUCCCACAGACUGUCCCACUACAGACUGUCCCACAGACUGUCCCACCACAGACUGUCCCACUACAGACUGUCCCACUGCAGACUGUCCCACUGCAGACUGUCCCACUGUAGACUGUCCAACAGACUGUCCCACCACAGACUGUCCCACUGCAGACUGUCCCAUCACAGACUGUCCCACUACAGACUGUCCAACAGACUGUCCCACUACAGACUGUCCAACAGACUGUCCCACUACAGACUGUCCCACUGCAGACUGUCCCACUGCAGACUGUCCCACUGCAGACUGUCCCACUACAGACUGUCCCACUACAGACUGUCCCACUACAGACUGUCCCACAGACUGUCCCACUACAGACUGUCCCACAGACUGUCCCACCACAGACUGUCCCACUACAGACUGUCCCACUGCUGACUGUCCCACAGACUGUCCCAAUGCAGACUGUCCCACUGCAGACUGUCCCACUACAGAUUGUCCCACUACAGACUGUCCCACAGACUGUCCCACUACAGACUGUCCCACCACAGACUGUCCCACUACAGACUGUCCCACUGCAGACCGUCCAACAGACUGUCCCACUGCAGACUGUCCCACAGACUGUCCCACCACAGACUGUCCCACUACAGACUGUCCCACUGCUGACUGUCCCACAGACUGUCCCAAUGCAGACUGUCCCACUGCAGACUGUCCCACUACAGAUUGUCCCACUACAGACUGUCCCACAGACUGUCCCACUACAGACUGUCCCACCACAGAUUGUCCCACUACAGACUGUCCCACUGCAGACCGUCCAACAGACUGUCCCACUGCAGACUGUCCCACAGACUCUCCCACUACAGACUGUCCCACCACAGACUGUCCCACUACAGACUGUCCCACAGACUGUCCCACCACAGACUGUCCCACUACAGACUGUCCCACUACAGACUGUCCCACUACAGACUGUCCCACCACAGACUGUCCCACAGACUGUCCCACUGCAGGCUGUCCCACUGCAGACUGUCCAACAGACUGUCCCACCACAGACUGUCCCACUACAGACUGUCCCACUGCAGACUGUCCAACAGACUGUCCCACUACAGACUGUCCCACUACAGACUGUCCCACCACAGACUGUCCCACUACAGACUGUCCCACAGACUGUCCCACUACAGACUGUCCCACCACAGACUGUCCCACAGACUGUCCCACUACAGACUAUCCCACUACAGACUGUCCCACCACAGACUGUCCCACUACAGACUGUCCCACAGACUGUCCCACUACAGACUGUCCCACAGACUGUCCCACUACAGACUGUCCCACUACAGACUAUCCCACUACAGACUGUCCUACUACACACUGUCCCACUACAGACUGUCCCACUACACACUGUCCCACAGACUGUUCCACUACAGACUGUCCCACCACAGACUGUCCCACUGCAGACUGUCCCACAGACUGUCCCACUGCAGACUGUCCCACAGACUGUCCCACUGCAGACUGUCCAACAGACUGUCCCACUACAGACUGUCCCAGUACAGACUAUCCCACUACAGACUGUCCCACAGACUGUCCCACUACAGACUGUCCCACAGACUGUCCCACUACACACUGUCCCACUACAGACUGUCCCACCACAGACUGUCCCACUGCAGACUGUCCCACGGACUGUCCCACAGACUGUCCCACUACAGACUGUCCCACUACAGACUGUCCCACCACAGACUGUCCCACUGCAGACUGUCCCACAGACUGUCCCACUACAGACUGUCCCACUACAGACUGUCCCACUACAGACUAUCCCACCACAGACUGUCCCACCACAGACUGUCCCACUACAGACUGUCCAACAGACUGUCCCACCACAGACUGUCCCACUACAGACUGUCCCACAGACUGUCCCACUACAGACUGUCCCACCACAGACUGUCCCACUACAGACUGUCCCACAGACUGUCCCACAGACUGUCCCACUACAGACUGUCGCACCACAGACUGUCCCACUACAGACUGUCCCACUGCAGACCGUCCAACAGACUGUCCCACUGCAGACUGUCCCACAGACUGUCCCACUACAGACUGUCCCACCACAGACUGUCCCACCACAGACUGUCCCACUGCAGACUGUCCCACUACAGACUGUCCCACAGACUGUCCCACUGCAGACUGUCCCACUACAGACUGUCCCACUACAGACUGUCCCACUACAGACUGUCCCACCACAGACUGUCCCACUACAGACUGUCCAACAGACUGUCCCACUACAGACUGUCCCACUACAGACUGUCCCACUACAGACUGUCCCACCACAGACUGUCCCACCACAGACUGUCCCACAGACUGUCCCACCACAGACUGUCCAACCACAGACUGUCCCACUGCAGACUGUCCAACAGACUGUCCCACUACAGACUGUCCCACUACAGACUGUCCCACCACAGACUGUCCCACUACAGACUGUCCAACAGACUGUCCCACUACAGACUGUCCCACAGACUGUCCCACUACAGACUGUCCCACCACAGACUGUCCCACUGCAGACUGUCCCACAGACUGUCCCACUGCAGACUGUCCCACGGACUGUCCCACUACAGACUGUCCCACUACAGACUAUCCCACUACAGACUGUCCCACCACAGACUGUCCCACUACAGACUGUCCCACAGACUGUCCCACUACAGACUGUCCCACAGGCUGUCCCACUACAGACUGUCCCACUACAGACUAUCCCACUACAGACUGUCCCACCACAGACUGUCCAACUACAGACUGUCCCACAGACUGUCCCACUACAGACUGUCCCACUACAGACUAUCCCACUACAGACUGUCCCACUACAGACUGUCCCACCACAGAUUGUCCCACAGACUGUCCCACCACAGACUGUCCCACUACAGACUAUCCCACUACAGACUGUCCCACCACAGACUGUCCUAUCACAGACUGUCCCACUACAGACUGUCCCACUACAGACUAUCCCACUACAGACUGUCCCACUACAGACUAUCCCACUACAGACUGUCCCACAGACUGUCCCACUACAGACUGUCCCACUACACACUGUCCCACAGACUGUCCCACUGUAGACUGUCCAACAGACUGUCCCACCACAGACUGUCCCACUACAGACUGUCCCACUGCAGACUGUCCCACUACAGAUUGUCCCACUACAGACUGUCCCACAGACUGUCCCACUACAGACUGUCCCACUGCAGACUGUCCCACUGCAGACUGUCCCACUGCAGACUGUCCCACUACAGACUGUCCCACUACAGACUGUCCCACAGACUGUCCCACUACAGACUGUCCCACUGCUGACUGUCCCACAGACUGUCCCACUGCAGACUGUCCCACUGCAGACUGUCCCACAGACUGUCCCACUACAGACUGUCCCACAGACUGUCCCACCACAGACUGUCCCACUACAGACUGUCCCACUGCUGACUGUCCCACAGACUGUCCCACUGCAGACUGUCCCACUGCAGACUGUCCCACUGCAGACUGUCCCACUGUAGACUGUCCAACAGACUGUCCCACCACAGACUGUCCCACAGACUGUCCCACUGCAGACUGUCCCAUCACAGACUGUCCCACUACAGACUGUCCAACAGACUGUCCCACUACAGACUGUCCCACUGCAGACUGUCCCACUGCAGACUGUCCCACUGCAGACUGUCCCACUACAGACUGUCCCACUACAGACUGUCCCACUACAGACUGUCCCACAGACUGUCCCACUACAGACUGUCCCACAGACUGUCCCACCACAGACUGUCCCACUACAGACUGUCCCACUGCUGACUGUCCCACAGACUGUCCCAAUGCAGACUGUCCCACUACAGAUUGUCCCACUACAGACUGUCCCACUACAGACUGUCCCAAUGCAGACUGUCCCACUGCAGACUGUCCCACUACAGAUUGUCCCACUACAGACUGUCCCACAGACUGUUCCACUACAGACUGUCCCACUACAGACUGUCCCACCACAGACUGUCCCACCACAGACUGUCCCACUACAGACUGUCCCACUGCAGACUGUCCCACAGACUCUCCCACUACAGACUGUCCCACUACAGACUGUCCCACCACAGACUGUCCCACUGCAGACUGUCCCACUACAGACUGUCCCACCACAGACUGUCCCACCACAGACUGUCCCACUACAGACUGUCCCACUGCAGACUGUCCCACAGACUCUCCCACUACAGACUGUCCCACUACAGACUGUCCCACUACAGACUGUCCCACCACAGACUGUCCCACUACAGACUGUCCCACUACAGACUGUCCCACUACAGACUGUCCCACUACAGACUGUCCCACCACAGACUGUCCCACAGACUGUCCCACUGCAGACUGUCCAACAGACUGUCCCACCACAGACUGUCCCACUACAGACUGUCCCACCACAGACUGUCCCACUACAGACUGUCCCACUGCAGACUGUCCAACAGACUGUCCCACUACAGACUGUCCCACCACAGACUGUCCCACUACAGACUGUCCCACUAGAGACUGUCCAACAGACUGUCCCACAGACUGUCCCACUACAGACUGUCCCACCACAGACUGUCCAACAGACUGUCCCACAGACUGUCCCACAGACUGUCCCACUACAGACUGUCCCACUACAGACUAUCCCACUACAGACUGUCCCACAGACUGUCCCACUACACACUGUCCCACAGACUGUCCCACUACACACUGUCCCACUACAGACUGUCCCACCACAGACUGUCCCACUGCAGACUGUCCCACGGACUGUCCCACAGACUGUCCCACUACAGACUGUCCCACUACAGACUGUCCCACCACAGACUGUCCCACUACAGACUGUCCCACAGACUGUCCCACUACAGACUGUCCCACUACAGACUGUCCCUCCACAGACUGUCCCACCACAGACUGUCCCACUGCAGACUGUCCCACGGACUGUCCCACAGACUGUCCCACUACAGACUGUCCCACCACAGACUGUCCCACUACAGACUGUCCCACAGACUGUCCCACAGACUGUCCCACAGACUGUCCCACUACAGACUGUCCCACAGACUGUCCCACAGACUGUCCCACUACAGACUGUCCCACUACAGACUGUCCCACAGACUGUCCCUCCACAGACUGUCCCACCACAGAUUGUCCCACAGACUGUCCCACUACAGACUAUCCCACUACAGACUAUCCCACCACAGACUGUCCCACCACAGACUGUCCCACUACAGACUGUCCAACAGACUGUCCCACUACAGACUGUCCCACCACAGACUGUCCCACCACAGACUGUCCCACUACAGACUGUCCCACAGACUGUCCCACUACAGACUGUCCCACCACAGACUGUCCCACUACAGACUGUCCCACAGACUGUCCCACCACAGACUGUCCCACUACAGACUGUCCCACUACAGACUGUCCCACAGACUGUCCCACAGACUCCGAGUUGUUUAUGGCGGACGGUCGCCUGAAGGAGGCGCACUUCUGCAUCGCUGAGGCCAGUUCCCUGUUCCCCAACUCCCACUCUGUGCUGCUGCAGAGGGGCCGCCUGGCGGAGCUCCGCGGGCAGCUGGACGAGGCCAAGAGUCUGUACAAAGAAGCUCUGGCCAUCCACCCCACCGGAGAGAGCGUCCUGGUGCAUCUGGUGUGUUUUCAAGCUGGCUCCGUAUCGCGGCGCCUGAAAGUCCUUCUAGAUGGAGGUCUGUUUCGCGGACUCACGGGAGUGGAGUACGAUCAGGCCCUCUGUGGGUCACUAAACACCUCCUCUAAAAAGAGGUGA